UUCGAGAAUGUAUUUCAGAGGAUUCUAUACUCCACAGCCGUCAGUACACUUUUGACGGAGACGGUGAACAUUUGCAAACCUGUAACAGCUCCCUCGAUCGGCGAGAGUCGAUUCUGUUCUGGAAUCACAGAAACGGUGUCCAGUAGUGUGCUACUGAGGAAAAGAAAAUAUUCGCCUUCGAGCGAGAAGGUCCUUGCUCCGGAGUAAGUGCGUACGGUGAAUUACGCUGCUGUGUUUCCCCCGGAGAAUGAGAUUGUUAAUUUAGCACCAGUGUGACAAUCGUCGUUGAUAUAUACGCGUCGGGAAAGCAGUCACUUUUUUUCGGUAGGUGACAAUUACGAUUUCAUCCAGUUGUGAAAGUGAAUUAUCGUGCCCGCAGAGGGAAAAUUUUGAUUUUCCGACAAAUAUACUGGCACUGUCCGGCAGUGGGUGAGCCGUGACAAAGUUGCACAGGCACAGCAAGAGAUAAGUGUCAUUUCGGUGAAAAAUCAACUUGUUUCUUCAAGAAACAACGAGAACAGUACCAACGAAACCGUAGUGUUUACCAAGCGGACUGUUUGCUUGCACAUCUAUUUUCAACAGACAGAAGGUAACGUCAAUCAUACUGAAUUGCACAAGCGUAACUUAAUAACUCCGAAUAAAGACCUGGCAAUCAUGAAAGCACCCGCACUGUGGGCGGCAAUCGGAGCGAUACUGAUCUUCACCGGGACCGCAAACGCAUGGGGCGGUGUGUUCAACAGAUUUUCACCGGAAAUGCUGGCCAACUUGGGCUACGGGAGUCACGGGGGAGCGUACCGACCGCAAACAUUUCUGCAGAAUGAAAUUUUGGACGAAGAGCAACAGAACCAGCGUAUCGAAGAGGAUGUCUGCUACGGCAAACCGUGCUAUUCCAACGAAAACUGCUGCCCUGGGUUGGUGUGCGUAAACGUCGAUGGAGUUUCGCCUCUUUCAGUCAUUGGCCACUGCGUGUUUCCGCUAGGGCGUAAGUACGGUGAACUGUGCCGCCGGGAUUCGGACUGCGAAUCGGGCCUGGUAUGCGACAUCUCGACACUGAGUGGGGCCAGCGUCUGCCGCCCGCCGAUUGUGCUGGCCAAGCAGUACGCCGAGGAUUGCAUCACUUCCAGCGAUUGUGAUAUUUCCCGAGGACUCUGCUGCCAGGUGCAAAGAAGACAUCGACAAGUGCCACGCAAGGUUUGCGCUUACUUCAAGGACCCUCUGCUUUGCAUUGGAACUGUUGCUGCUGAUCAGGUUAAAAAUGAAAUCGAACACACCGCAGGCGAGAAACGAAUCAUCUACAGCAAACACUAAAUCUUUGGAGAAAACGAAAACAACCCUGCAGCAUAGAAAUAGUGAUCUACACAGCCUACUAAAAGUAACCAACAUCUAGAAACCGAAGGCAUAAAUGAAAAUCAAGUUACCCAUGUACAGAAGCUUUACUUUUCGAAGCAUUUUUCCGUUUCUGUUACUAGACACUGUUACUGUAUAGUCCAGUAGCAAAUUAUGCACAUUAUGACAAAGAUAUGAAAUGGAGAGCUCCUAAAAUGAGAAUUAAUUCAAUUCAACAACCAAAAAAUAAAACGGCACGUCGAACUACAUAUACACUGGAAUGUAUUUACUACCAGACAAACUUUGCAAAAGUUUUCAAUUGGUGUGGUAAAGUAGUUAAGAGAGUAUACAUAUGGUAAUGGUACAGAAGAACACAACCGUACACUACAAUGAACUAAUACAUAUCAAUCAAUGUCCUUAUUGUCAUUAAAAUUAGUAUUAAAUAUUUUUCUUUGGUAAUCAAUACAAAAACUUAACUAUUAAGAUCCGGCGAAAGUGUCAUUAAAAAGGCGGACGAAAUAUGAUAAGGACUUUACACUAAACAUAAGAUUUUUCGAAGAUCCUUUCACCUUUGAAAGCUAGCACAAGUUGCAAUGUUACCACCAAACAAAUUCAAAAUUAUAUAAUGCUUUCUAAUCAUUAAUCUUGUCUACAUUUUGACUACAGUGCUAGUAUCGAAAUCACGCCUACAAUAGACGUUGAUAAAUAUGUUCAGAGUGGGAAAUAUUUCGACUGUCAUUUCCGGGUGCUAUUCCAGACAGGGAGCAAAUCAAUUCGCUGAUAAUGUGAUGUUUUUCUUCUUUUCUUCUCUUUGACACCGUCCGUGGGGUGCGCAAAAUUGAUUCUGUAAUGAUUUCUUUAGUCCUGAAGAGCCACCAUUCAUUUUAGCCAGAUGUGAAAUAAUAUCAUUUCAUCGAUCCCCAAAGUUCACCUUUCGCCUCGUCGAAAAAAAAACAUGUACGACCCCGGGUCAAUACUCGAUAACGAUGUCGAGUUAUGGCCACAGUCGGAAUGGUGCAAGCUCUACAUGACGUGGCUCUUUAUUUAGUUUUGGAUUACCGCCAACACUUACGUUACGCAACAUUAUUGACCGUUUAUUACUGCGCAUCAUUCGCUCCACUCCACCUCCCUGGGAGAUCUGAAUGAAACCAACUACGACAGCAUCAAACGAAAUAACUCAUAUUGGUAUUAUCUGCACUUUCGUCUAAUUGUGUUUACUACUAUUUACAAGAUAUGUAAAAUAUUACCGAUACAGCGUCUAAGAAAAAAAAGGUACGCAUUUUUGUCCGGAGUAUUAUUAUUGCAUGGUACAUGUAAUAAUGAAGAGUCACUGAUAUUAUACUGAUAUAAUCGGUUCUUAUGCAAUGAAACAUAUCGUUAUAUUAAAUAAUACUUGAACAGAAAGAAUGACCUUAGGUUAAAGAAAGUUAUCUAAUAAGCAUAGGUUUUAACUAAACAAAACAACAAAAAUAUCAUACUGGCUGAGGCAUUUACUUAUCGUAUGUUUAGCAUAAACUAAAAUAUAACACUAACAAAACUGAAAUAGUGGAUGUAAUAAAAUGCAUGAUAUCAAACAAAACCAGGUUAGCAAGAAGCCCUGAAGAAGUUAUGGUUAAAUAUUUCAGCACACUUAUCAGCAACCAGACUAAAAUCAUGUAUAAUCUUCACUUUUCACUAUUAUUUCGAUGUUUUGUAAUAAAUAAAUAAAAAAGUAUUGACUGAGCCUACAACGUGUCCAUCAACGUUGCACACCGCAGAAGAUAAACAAUCAUUAACAAAGAAUAACUGACACUAACCAACAUGCUGAGUGAAGUUAUGAGAUAAAAUAACAAAUAUUUCCAUUCGACAAGAAACCAAAAUGACGACAAAGAAAAUGGUUUUUAUCUGCUGCAAAAACCCUUUCUCCCCGGAAGAAAACAUAAACAACUGCAAACUGCAACUGUGCUGGAAAGAACAACUGUAACCAGUAGAGCAUGGGAUUAUUGUCACGGAUCGUCCUUCAUUCUGGAAAAAAACACUAUCUUGCAUUGAAGCACCGAGUCCAUCAAACUUUCUAGAAUGUCGGCCGUCACCCUUGACGAGUAAACCGCGUGAGGGCUGUGGGGAAACCAAAAAAGGGAAGGGUCAAAAAUCAAACGAAAAACAACCGAAAACGAAAACCACAAUGCUUUAUUGGCCUAACCUUAGGUUACGAUCGAGUAAGCAAAUUUUCCGUUUCAAAUUAAUGGAGAAAAACUUAACAUGCAAACAUAUCAAAUCUCUCGAAAUGGUGCCACAACUAUGAGCCAAGCUGUUCCACAUCAACGAUGAACAUGAAUUUUUCCUAACGCCUGAUUAAUCGACUAACGAGCGAUUGUGAAAGUCAAGCUACAAUUAUGAAAUAUGUCUCAUGUUCGCAGAACGAAAAUUUGUCUCAUUGCCUAUACUUUCUCAUGGUUAUUAUAGAUGUACUUGUCAAAGUAACGGACAUUUACUCACUAUACAGAAACACUCACGCAUUGUGCACCUUUAUUAUACAGACACGAGCAGGAAACAAUACCACACUCUCUAAUGUACAAAAACAACAGAGGCAGAAAAUAUAUGUGUACAUCUUUCAAAACUCA